UUAAUAGUUAUUAGAAUAAACAAUGACCAAUUACAUGUACAACUCUUACUGCUGAAGUUGAUUAAGUUUGUAUGCGUUUAAGAAUGUAUAAUUUUUCUAAUAUUUCCACUUUUGAACCAUGAGUUUAAAAGCAUCAUAGACCGUCAAAUGGUCCACUCUCAUUCUCCAGUGUAGGUCCCAGAGUUCAUUCAGAAAGGAUUGCAAUCAGUCAGUACUUCAGGGCCCAUGAGAGGUUGACAGAUUUGUCCUCCGAGUGUGCAGGGCUUAAAACAGAAGAGAUUUCUGAUGCAUGGCUCUCCUCUCAUGCUGAGAAAAACACUGGUUUCAUGUAAUGUACUGUAAAUAAAACACAGUACUUCUGGACUGUUGUAGAACGGUUUAAGUAACUUUUUUAAUAUACAGUUGGAAGCUGAAGUAAUGGUGUCCUUUGCUAGCAAACGAGGAUCUACGGUGGUAGAAAGCAAAGCUUCCUCCACAGUGUCUUCAUACUGUAUAAAUGAAUCCGACUUUUGCGUUUUACAGCGAUUCUACCCCUUUAAGCUCUUACGACUUGUUUACCUCUUCCCAACCUCUGACGUCAUGACACACCCCUGGUCCCGUUUUUAUAGGGAGGCGGGGGGUUGUUGUCGCUGUAUCCUUUGAAAAGCAUUCCAUUCAUCCAAUCGGAAAGUGACUGUCAUGCGGGCUGUCCAAUGAGCAGACGGGUGAAACGGCCUGCGGCUUUCUGAUUGGCUUCUGGAGGAUGUGGCUAAGCUUAGGAUAUGCCAUUCCUGCUCACGGUAGGGGGGCGGGUUUUAGCGGAAGCGAUAUGAGUGUAGGUAGGGUAGGCUGUGGGAAGUAGUUUCGGCUCGGUGCUGUUUGAGUUUUACAAGUUUUUUUUAUCAUUAUUUUGUGGUCAGUUCUGACACUAGUCACUCCUGCCACAACAGGCUGUCACUGAGGCAGUACUGCGUGUUUACUACGUUAAAGGAAAUGAAAAGGGCACCACAUUACUAGUACAGUACCUCGUUGGCAGCAGACGCUUUCGUGGUUUUGAAAACUAGCUGAAUGUGUCGGUUUAUGUUUCGUGCUGACUUUCCCCACGACAUUAGAUUAAACUCAAAAUUCAUGUGUCGGAAGAGACAGUCCCGCUGUUGAGGUUGGUUGAGCGUGGAGGGGUAGCGUUUAAAGACGGAGUCUUCACGUACUGUGAAGUACAGUUUUUAAGCUCCCUAGUAUUUAUUUAUGGGGGGUGUGUGCGCGUUCUGCUAAUGGGGCUCUGACGUUACGUCGGUCGAGUCGAGGAAGUUUGGAGCUGGGAGACCUGGAUGUUUGUGAAGUUGUGGGAACGCCGCUUUCUUGCCCGUGACCAGCUAACUGUCCGCUAGGAAGCGAAGUGGCGACCCGCUUGGACAUCACAAGGUCAUGCUAAUACGCCAGGGACAAUCCAGUGGGCUUUCAGAGGAUACCAACAGACACUUGACAAUGAACGGGUACCACUUCAUGGAAUCAAUGGCAGUGAGCACCUCGGUCAUGGGCUCGGCGGAUGAGUUUGACCGCAAUGUGCCGAGGAUCUGCGGCGUCUGUGGAGACAAGGCCACUGGCUUCCACUUCAACGCCAUGACCUGUGAGGGAUGCAAGGGCUUCUUCAGGCGUAGUAUGAAGCGCAAAGCCACCUUCACCUGCCCCUUCAACGGCAGCUGCACCAUAACCAAGGACAACCGGCGGCACUGCCAGGCCUGCCGCCUGAAGCGCUGCGUGGAGAUCGGCAUGAUGAAGGAGUUCAUCCUGACAGACGAGGAGGUGCAGAGGAAGAAGGACCUGAUCAUGAAACGGAAGGAGGAAGAGGCCCUGCGGGAGGCGUCACGGCCGCGGCUCAGUGAGGAGCAGAGCAGGGUCAUCUCCAUGCUCGUGGAGGCCCACCGCAAGACCUAUGACGACUCCUACUCCGACUUUAAGCAGUUUCGGCCUCCAGUAAGGGAGGGACCUGUGACGCGUAGCGCUAGCCGAGCCGCAUCCCUUAACUCCCUCAGCAACCUUUCUGAUGCCUCCUCCGACUCCUUUAGCCAAUCACCAGAGUCGGUGGACAUGAAGCUGAUGAACUUCAGCAACCUGUUGGCAAUGUAUCAGGGAAACAGCCCAGAACCCCAGAAGGACCCCACCGGACUCUCCAUGCUGCCCCACCUGGCUGAUCUGGUCAGCUACAGCAUCCAGAAGGUCAUUGGGUUUGCCAAGAUGAUCCCUGGGUUCAGAGACCUGACUGCGGAUGACCAGAUAGCUUUACUGAAGUCCAGUGCCAUUGAGAUCAUCAUGCUGCGCUCCAACCAGUCCUUCAACUUGGAAGACAUGUCCUGGACCUGUGGAAGCCCAGAUUUCAAGUACUGCAUCAAUGAUGUCACAAGGGCUGGACACACAAUGGAGCUCCUGGAGCCACUGGUGAAGUUCCAGGUGAACCUCAAGAAACUCAAUCUAGAUGAAGAGGAGCAUGUGCUGCUGAUGGCCAUCUGUCUGCUAUCCCCAGACCGGCCAGGCGUCCAGGACCACGCACGGAUCGAGGCCCUCCAGGACAAGCUGUCGGAGAUCCUGCAGGAUUAUAUCCGUGUGCAUCGCCGUAGCCGGCUGCUCUAUGCCAAGAUGAUCCAGAAGCUGGCGGACCUGCGUAGCCUGAAUGAAGAGCAUUCCAAGCAGUACCGCUGCCUGUCCUUCCAGCCAGAGCACAGCACGCAGCUCACGCCCCUGGUGCUGGAGGUGUUUGGCAGCGAGGUGUCCUAGCCAGUGCAGAGCAGGAUUAGAUAGAUGGCUGCUGAAUCCUGAUGAGGUACCUCCUCUCGUUUCGAGUCCAAAAGGGAAUUAGAAGAUAUUCUACAUAGAUAUAUUUUAAAAAAAAGAUUGGUUUAUGUCAAAAUGAAUUAAUUUAUCACAUAUUGUUUGCAAGGAUGUGUGUAUAUACAGUAUGUAUAUGUGUGCACAUUUGCAUAAGCAUGUACAUACUAUUGUGAAAUGCUUGCUUUCUUUGUGCAUAGACAUGCUGUCAUUUUUGUACACACAUAUACAUAGCUUUCUAUAAAUACACCUAAAACGCAAGCUGCCUUCUGUUUUUAAUGUUUUUUUAUAAAUAUCUGAAAUAACCACUUCUGUAAAGUUCAGGAUACAGAAAGUGUCUAUUUGUAGGUCUUGUUUUUUUUUUAUCUCGGUUCCAUGUUCGAAGCCCUCGCCUGUCCUUAAGUGCCAUUAUCGCCCUUCUCAGCAUCAGUUUAAAAAAAAAACAUUCUUUGUAGGAAAAAUGUUCUUUGUUCCCAGUCUCCCAUCUUUAUCUGCCACAAAUCGCACAAGAUCAGUUAAAAGCUUAAAUCAUUUCGGGCUGUUAUGCUUUUGAGAAAUUACACUGCCCUGUCUAUAGUAUGAUACAGUCAGUACGUUCAGAUGAUACAUUAUCUUAAGUGCUGAGGUGACCACAGUGAAGUUUUCACUAUUCCACACCUCCAUACUGGGUAAUACAUUUAAUGCUUAAAGACUUAGUAGUUACUUGUUGAAGGGGUAAAGAGAUCAUUGUCUGAUUGUUGUUUGUAUUGGACUGCCCCCUGGUGGUCAGAAAUUGUAAAUACUAUUCUGUGUAUUUAAAAAUCAACAGGUAAAUGCAAAGAUAAUUUAAAACAAGUUUCCAAAAAUAUGCAAAUGUUUAUUUUUUAAUAACACUAUGCUUUGCCUAGUACUUUAUUUUUGUGUAUGGGACGCCUUUGUUGUGUGAUAUAACUUGGAAAUGGGGGGGCUGCAGGGAGGGAGACUUAAAAUGUGGUCAGGAUGUGUGUUUUUACAUUAGAAGACAAUGCUCUCGUAAGUGAAAGCCAUAGACAGCUGAAACAGUCAAGCGAGCAUGUUGCAGCAAGCCUAACAGCAGUGGUACAUGACCAGCUACAAUUCCAAUGAUCUGUUCCCCACUUAUCCGGGUGAACACGUCAGAAAGCAGGAGCCUAUCCUGGAAGAACUGGGUUCAAGGCGGACUGAGGACUCUGAUGUUGACCUUGAUAGGACCAGACAUCACAAGGUCCUGUAGAAACGGACAGUUGAAAUGAA